AUGACGCGCGCCCAGCAGACCAUCUCCCUCGCCCUCCUCGUCUCAUCUCUCUACCUGGCCCUCUACCUCGGCCUGAUCCCGCUUCCUGCCCUCGUCCAGCAGCAGAUUGUUCACUUGCUACCUAUCUGGGCCCUCGUUUCCUUCGGCGCUCUUCUCCUCUUCCGCCUCGGCUGGGGCAUCUUGACCUUCAACGACGUUCCAGAAGCCCACAAAGAGCUCGCCAAGGAGAUUCAGAUGGCCAAGGUCGACCUUCGAAAGCUCGGCGUCUCUGUGGACUAA